AUGAAACCAGCUGACUUUCCAAAACUACCCCUCAUCGUCAAGCCCUUCAUCCUUUCUCUCUUUCUCUCUCUAUCCCUCUUAGCCUUUCUCUCUCUACAAACCCCACGUCACACCUUGAAAAAAGACCCCUCCCCAGACCUCAAGAUCCGACCCGGUUACUCCUCCUACGAUGCCUACAUCCAACGCCAGCUCAACAAGACCCUCAACCCGAAACUCCGACAAAUAUGGACCACCCGGGAUUGGAACCGGAAAGUCCAUGUUUUCUCCGGGUUUUUCGACAGUUUAAAGCAGAGAAAACUACUGUUUAACGAGUCAAAAGCGCUUUGUAUUGGAGCUCGUGUCGGGCAAGAAGUGGCUGCAUUAAAACGGGUCGGAGUUAAUGACUCCGUGGGUAUAGAUCUAGUUCCUUACCCUCCAUUGGUGAUGAAGGGUGACUUUCAUCAUCAGCCGUUUGACAACGAGACUUUUGAUUUUGAGUUCUCUAACGUUUUUGAUCAUGCACUUUAUCCUAAGAAAUUCGUCGGAGAGAUCGAAAGAACGUUGAAGCCCAACGGGAUUUGCGUUUUACACGUGACGUUAUCGCGACGGGCAGAUAAGUAUUCGGCCAAUGAUUUGUACAAUGUUAAGUCGUUGAUAGAAUUGUUCAAACAAUCAGAAGUUGUUAAAGUUAGGAGUGUCGAUGGAUUUGGUUUGGACACUGAGGUUGUCUUCCGAAAAAACAAGAAAUAA